AUGCCUUGCGGCACGGGACCUCUCUGUUUGAGGACCUCCCUCGGGCAGCUCCCGACAGUUGCCCGAUGGGGGCCCGAGGCUUCGGCGGCGAUGGCGGCGGCGGCGAGGUCGGCCAGGAGUCUGGGUAUCUGCGCACGCGGGUCCUGCCGCGUCGGCGCCCCCACCUCGGCCCUCGCGGCCGCGCGAGCUCUCCGCGGCGAGGUGCCAGAGGCGCUGGCAACGCGGCGCGGCGACCUGGAGGGCGCGGAGUGGUGGGAGCGGCACGAGGGGCUCUUCGCCCAGGCCCGGCGCGAGUGGGGCGCGCUCUGCCCCGACGUGUACCACCUGGCGCCCCCAGGCACGUGUCGGCGACCUCCGGGCCAUCCCGCACACUCUCCGCCUCUCGCUGGCUGCGCCCCGCCGCCCGCGACGCGCUGCUGGACGGCUCGCCGCCCGCGCUCCGCGCGCUGCUGCGGGCGGUGUGUGCCGACAGCGCCGGGGUGGCGGUGUACCAGCUGGACCUCUUCUCGAGUUCUGCGACGCGCUGCUCGCCGAGAUCGACCACCUGGAGGCCAGCGGCAUCCCCCUGCGGCGCCCCAACGGCAUGAACCGCUACGGGGCCAUCCUGUCUCAGCUGGGGUUCCAGGAGGGCCUGCUCGACCCGGUCAUGCCAUGGUGGUGGCCCCCUUGGCCGCGGAGCUGUGGCCAGAGUGGGCGGGCGAGGGGGACUGCGAGGAGACGUACGGCUUCGUGGUGCGCUACCGGCUGGGGGAAGACGUCGACCUCGCAGAACAUUCGGACACCGCCAACGUCACGCUGAACCUGUGCCUCGGGCGGGCGUUCGAGGGCGGCGACCUGUACUUCAAGGGCUGCCGCUUCACGCCCUCCGACGCCGACGCGGAGGAGCGGCCAGUGCCCCACCAGAGGGGCGCUGCGUUGCUGCACCUCUGGAGGAAGAAAAAACUGCGUCUCCGAAACUUUAUGCCUGGCAGAUUUUUGCUCCUCCGACCUCGGCGGCCAUAUCCACGGCGUGCGCCCGCUGACCGCGGGGGAGCGCUCGAACCUGAUCCUCUGGGGCACCGGCGCGGGCGGCGUGGUGCGCAUCCGGCCGUCCACGCCCCCCGCUGGGGGGUCGCGGCGGCGCGGCUGGCUCGGAUGAGGCCGGGGCGCCCACGAGGCCUCCGGGCUUCCGCCAGGCGCCUUUCUCGCUGCCGGAGGCCUCGCGCCGCGUCGGCAAGCCGCGGUGAGGUCGCGCGGGCGCGAGCGAGCCAGGCCGAAGGCCUACUGUGGCAGGCUUGGGCUUGGGAGCCUCUGGCGGUGGGGAUCGUUCAGGAUGAGAUGGUUCAGCCGAAGCCGUCGUGCCAGAAGCGUGCCGAAUGCUCCAAGCACGUGCUGAGCAAUGACGCGUGA